UUGGAGCGGGAAGGGGCGGACAGGGCAUUGAUCCGCGAGCUGUCACAGUCUCCACGCGACUCUCAUCAUGGCCAAGGUUAACAGUGGCAACACGGCCGAAAAGGCAAGACCCAACAAACUGUGCGAGGACUCCGAUGAAGAAAAGUUAAAUUUGAAGAUAGAUAGUCUUCAAACUAAGAAAACUACCCCGCCUUUCAUAUACAUUCUGACGUUUUUCGCCGCUCUUGGAGGAUUUCUGUUCGGAUAUGACACCGGCGUGAUCUCGGGGGCUAUGAUUUUACUACGAAAUGCUUUCAACCUUUCGUCCGUUUGGCAAGAGUUGAUAGUAAGCGUGACCAUAGGUGCUGCUGCAAUAUUUGCCCUCGUUGGGGGAUUCCUCAACGACAGACUUGGGCGAAGACCUGUCAUCAUGAUCGCAAGUCUCAUCUUUACCCUUGGGUCUAUUUGUAUGGGAAUCGCCAAGGAUAAGUUUGCGCUUCUCUCUGGAAGGAUUGUCGUCGGUGCCGGAAUAGGACUGACGUCAACAACUAUCCCCAUGUACCUGGCGGAAUGCUCCCCUUCCUAUGCCCGGGGGUCACUGGUGUCCACCAACAUCGCAAUGGUGGCGUUUGGACAGUUCAUGGCCAAUGUUGUGGAUGGAAUAUUUGGGUCAGACACUCAGAACGGAUGGAGGUACAUGUUGGCAUUGGGCUGUGUACCAUCUAUGAUCCAGUUCAUUGGCUUCAUGUUCAUGCCGGAGAGUCCAAGAUGGCUGAUCAUCACCGAGAAGGAGGAGAAGGCGAGACGGGUGCUGCAGUCCAUGAGGGGGCAGCUGGACAUUGAGGAGGAGUUUGACAGCAUCAAGAGUACAUGUACCGAGAUCAAACAGCAGCAGGCAUCCAGAGCACAUAAACCAAUAUUCAUCCAGAUGCUCCAGACUCCAGCCAUUCGGAGGGCACUGAUAGUGGGAUGCAGUCUGCAGAUAUUUCAGCAAGUUGCUGGUAUCAACACAGUCAUGUAUUACAGUGCCACCAUUAUUCGCAUGUCUGGGGUCAAGAGUGAUGAAGCUGCAAUAUGGUUGUCAGCGGUAACAGCUGCAGUCAACUUCCUGUUUACUCUUCUUGGCUUGUAUCUGGUAGAGAAGAUUGGGCGACGCCCACUGACAUUAGGAAGUCUUAUGGGCGCCAUAGUGAGUUUAGCUUGGCUAGCAGUUGGGUUCCACCUGUCUGCCCUCAACACGCCCCCUAUAGAUCUGGUAGAGCCUUCCACUGCAGAAUCCCACUGUGCAAGAUACAGAAUCUGCAAUGACUGCCGUCGUGACCUAAACUGUGGCUUCUGCUAUGUUGAUGCUGGUGACGCUGUUGCCAACUCGUCAUGUCUACCAACCAGCUACGACAAUCCCUGGUUGGCAACACAGGGUCGCUGCAACUCCAGCGAACUCCCAGGGACCAUCACCUGGGCCUACGACUACUGCCCCACCCAGUACUCCUGGAUGCCGAUGGUGGGACUUGUGCUGUACCUGGUCUUCUUUGCUCCAGGUAUGGGUCCCAUGCCAUGGACCAUCAACUCUGAGAUCUACCCACUGUGGGCUAGGAGCGUUGGGACGGCAGUGUCCACCUUCACCAACUGGGCAUUCAACCUGGCUGUGUCCAUGUCCUUCAUCAGUCUCACUGAGACACUCACAAGAUAUGGUACUUUCUGGUUGUAUGCCUGCCUGGCUUUUCUUGGUGCAAUAAUACUGGCAAUGAUAUUACCAGAAACAAAGGGCAAGACACUAGAGGAAGUGGAAGGAUUGUUUGCUCGGUCAUGGAUGGGGGAGGGACCCCCAGUCAACUAUAACACCAAGACUGUUCAAUACGUCCACAUACGUGGCCUCAAUCGGGAUGGCCGAGAAUCCGAACUAGAGUCCCCAGAGUGACCUGUCCACGACUUGAAUCUGUUGACCCGGCGAUGAUAAACUGACUCAGAAAAGAGAUAAACUUCUACACUACACAACAAUAAGUAUUAGAAUUGUAUUAGGAUUGAAAUAUCACCAAAUGAGGGAUCUAUUGGAUAUAAAUAUGUAUACCUGCUCUGCUUUAGUAAAGGAUGUGAAUUUAACUGAGUGUGAACAAAUAUUAUUUUACGACAAUGGAUAUGUUUAUAAUUUAUUUUGAAAUAUGUUGCAUAUCUAACUUGAAAAAUACUAUGUUUAAUACCAAUACAGGAAGGUGGUGACUAUGCGUGUUAAAGCUGAUUCCAAAUGUUUGUAGGAAGGAAGGGAAAGAGACACGAUUUGGAUUCAUGUAUAUAAAAUCCUCAUACAAAAACUUUGUCAUUUCACCUUUGAUCUCAUUCUGUAGUGUCUAAUAGGGAGUGCAAACAUUUAUGACACUUUACUGAAAGCAGGGUUAGACACAGACACUCGUCAGAUAGUCGCAAACUAGUGAUGGUUUGGAUGGACAAGUUGUUGUCUAACAUAAAUACCGUAGUUGUGUCACAUAAAGCACUUGUCCGAACUGAGUGAUGGACUAAUUGGAUGUGAUUCAUGGUGUCCAUCCUUGGAGGGUGUACAAAUCAUAUGGGAUACGUGUGAUCAAAUUCUAUUUUAUGAAUUAUAUUAUCAUGCUAUAUUGUGUAUAAAUGUAGCAUAGUGUAGAUAGCCCGUGUUGAUAGUUCAGUACAUACAAGGAGUUGAUAUAGGUAGUUACAUUUUCUUUUGUUCUUUGUAUACAUGUAUCAUUCUGUCAAAAGACACCAAUGACAUGCUGAAUACUAACAGUAGUGUUGUAAUGAAAUGUGACGGAUGUAUGUCACAUGUGAAACAUGUUUCACUUGGUCUUCAAGAUUUAUCUCUGUGUGGAACAUAGAUAUUGAUAUUAAUGUUGCAUUUCCAUGGCCGUUUUCACAAUAAUGAUAGUUGUUAGGAAGGAAUCUGUUUUGCUGCUUGAAGUGGCUGUUGGUCUAAUAUUUUGACAAACUGUUCUAUUAUUUCUUAUUUUGAACAUUUUGUCAAUCACCUGAGAGGGUUUCAUAUCAUAAUUGACCUCAUGCAUUUAGACAAGAGAGUGUUCUGUUUGUAUUUGGAGUAUUCAAUGUACAUUUAUUUUGUUCUGCACUGGUCCUACAAAUUAACAAUAAUGUUUUAAUCUAUCUCCAAAGACAAAUCAUUAGACUUGGACACUA